AAGAAUAACGAAGGUACCUAAUGCAGCCUGAUCUAAUAUUUUGAUAAAAAUACUAAAGCCACCAUCGUAUGUAAUUUAUUUGAUACCUAUUGAAGCAAACUAAAGUUAUGUUGCUGUUGACUUGAAGAAAUAUUUAUUUCAUAAAUAAAAUAAAACAAGUAACACACUUCACUCAUUCCGGCCGAAAAGUAUCCACUUGACUUUGUAACAAUUUCACUAUAACUGUCAGUGUCAAAGUUUUGAUGAAUGAAAAGAAACAAUACAUUAGUGGCAAUUUAUUUUAAAUUGGCGCAAACAAAGUUUUGAACUAUUAAUUAAACUUUUACGAUUGUGACAGAAAAAUGUCUUCUAAAGACUUAAAUAACUUCUUAAAAGCAUUGGACGCAGUCAAAGAAGAUUACACUUGCGGCGUCUGUUCAGAACUCUGUAAAAAUCCAGUGACUUUGAGUAAAUGUUUUCAUUUGAUAUGCGCUAGUCACUUCGAGGGCUUGGACGCUUGUCCGACCUGCGGGACGAAUUUAGAAGGUUGCAAAACCUUCACCGACGAACGUCUUGCCGUAUGCAUAAACUCGGCGAAUAAAUUAGACGAGAUAUUCAGUUGUUUUAGAUCUAAAGAAACGUCUACGACAAAACAAGAUAAAAUCGAAUCUAACAGUAAAACCACGUUAACAGAUGUCCGAAAACCUCAGGCAAAGCUCCGAAGCCACGAUAUUUCAAUAGCCAGCAGUAAAUUCAGCAAGUCCAGUGAAAAACGCAAUAAUAAAGGUGAAACGCCACUACACAUCGCCUGCAGGUUAGGUAAAGUUGACAAAAUCACCGAACUAUUAAACCAGGGCGUCAAUACGAACACUAAAGACAAUGCCGGUUGGACGCCUUUACAUGAAGUUGUUCAAAAUGGACGACUCGACUUGGUCACUCUUUUACUCCAAUAUAACACUUUAAUUGACGUGCCGGGGCUCAAUAAUGAGACACCAUUGCAUGAAGCAGUCAGAUACGGACACCGAGAAAUCAUUGAAGAACUUGUCAAACAUGGAGCGGACAUAAACUGUAGGAAUUCUAAAGGGGAAACUCCACUGCAGCUAGCUACAGAUGACUUGAAAAUAAUAUUAAAGAAGGCAUCAGAGAGUUUGAUUCAAACACAGUCCGUUAAUGUGACUCACAUGUCGAUCUUGCACUCAGAGUUAGAUUUUGAUGAUAUAAGAGUCUAUUGUGUAUCUCAGCAGAAGUCGGUUGUAUCAAAACUAAAAUUGCUUUGUAAACAACACAGCAAUUUGCAUAUUGAAGUCAAAUUUACAAAAAAAGUAACACAUUUGAUCGUUGAUGCCGAGAAUGGUAUAUGUAUGUCGACAAUAGAUGUACUGCAGGGGAUCGUGAAUUCCAUAUGGAUAUUAACGUCAGAUUGGGUCCUGAAAUCUACAGAAGAUAGUUUGGAACAGUUUGAACAAUUUGAGGUUACUGGAGUGGGUACAGCAUCCUACAACGGUCCUAAAACAGCUCGUUAUAACAAAUACAAGCAACUACCAGGAGUGUUUGAUGGCUGCCACUUCUAUCUACACAAUUUCAAUAUGAAAUACGAAAUAUCCAAGCACCUGGUGCUGACCAAAGCGACUAUAAGCAAGCUGAUUACUGAUGCAGGCGGUAUAGUGCUCAGGAGAGUGCCCAACCCGGAAUCCAUACCGGACCAAGAGAAAUUGGUGCCGUAUCAUGCUAAAAAAGAUGGAAAACUAUAUAUUUGUUCGCAUUAUAUAAUUUUUAAAGACACGUACCAGCCAAUGUAUAAUAUGCAGCAUCUUAAAGCGCUGCCAAUAGGCUGGUUGAUUGAGUGCAUAGAGAGAUAUGAACUGUGUGAUCCGUGAUAGAGAUCGGAACUUGUUCCUUGAAAGCAACAAAACUGAUAAUCUAUAUAUUAAUAUGUGAAGCAAAAACUUUGUACACCUUUUUACGAAAAUUGCGUGGAAAAUCCUCCGUAUGAAUUUUCCCACACUUACAGAGAAUAUAGGGAAGAAGUGCAGAAUGCUAAUAUUUUUUUUAAAUUAUGCAUUAAAAAUAUAUUAAAAAUAAAAAAAACAUUACACACUACCAUGUAUUUGACACACACACACUUUAUUUUCUUUGUUUAUUGUCAAACUUUUAUUAUUGCUUAAAGUCUGUAGUUAAAUUGAGAAUAAGUUAAUAUUGUUUAUCUUUCUUGGCGAAAUUUGUGACUAUAGAAAUAUAAUAGUUUUUGACAAUAGAACCAUAAUAAUGUUCAAACUUAUGAUUUCAAUUAAUUAUAGUCGAAGUUCGACUUCUACGGGACCACUAGUGUUAAUAAAUACUUGUCCUUUAUGAAGCCAGCUGAUGUACGCCCGAGGGCAAUGACCCCGCGCGUCGGUUCAUUUAUAAUUGCAUUACAUUGCUGCAGAUGUAAACGACAAGCAAUGUAGCAUAAAAAUUAAAUAUUUUUGUAUCAUGGUUGUCACACUAUGUCCUUUGAAAAGGUUCAUAAUUUUAUUAUUCUUAAUAAUCCAUAAAUUAAAAUUAAGUAUUGAUCGUAUUAAAUCUGAUUGUUGAAACUGAUAAAGUUGAAUUAUUAAGUUAUAUAAAGUUGAAUUUAAUUCAUAUUAAAUUAUAAGCAUAUUCAUAUUUCAUUCAUAUAAAUUAUAUAUUUAAUUUUUUUAUUGCUUAGAUGGGUGGACGAGCUCACAGCCCACCUGGUGUUAAGUGGUUACCGGAACCCAUAGACAUCUACAACGUAAAUGCGCCACCCACCUUGAGAUAUAAGUUCUAAGGUCUCAGUAUAGUUACAACGGCUGCCCCACCCUUCAAUUCGAAACGCAUUACCUCUUCACGGCGGAAAUAGGCAGGGUGGUGGUGCCUACCCGCGCGGACUUACAAGAGGUCCUACCACCUGUAUAUAUAUAUCUGUAUACCUGUAUAUAUGUAUCAAGGGAUGAUACAAUAUUUGGUUUAUUUAUCUUUGUAAUUAAAGGCUUGUUUUAUUUGGUAUUGCCAACAAGAGUUUGAUGGUUUUUAAUUGAACUUCAAUUAAGUUUACUCCAUUCAAAUACCUGAAGAAGUAUUUUUUGUUAUGAUAUUUUUUCCAAGUUUUAAGCUUUAAGCUCUCUCUUGUAGUUGCAAAAAUAUCGCUUAAACCAAAUAGCCUUUCACCCCUCGAUAUAUAAAUUGUAUAAUAUUUAUUUAUAUUUUUUUAAUUCAUGAUUGUAAAUCAAUUCUUCGUGAUAUUAUUGGUGACAGAUUAAUUUGUAUUUCAUAUAGAAACUUGUAUAGUUGGUUGUAAACAUUAAGAAAUAUAAAAAUGUACAGACUU